AUGCUUGUUCAUUUUGGUUACCACUCCGCAACGGCAUUCACCCCGAGAUUCAACAGAAUGAAAAGCUCAACGAUUUUGGCCUGGUGGGCUUUGACCGCUGGCCAGGGGGUAAUUGCAGCAAGGGUGAAGCUUCAUGUUCCUAUUGUGGACUUGGACUAUGCGGUUUACGAAGGGUAUCACAACUCAACUUUCAACACUAAUGUUUUCCGAGGCAUCCGUUUUGCCGCUCCGCCGAAACGAUGGCAACUUCCCGAUGCACCUGAGGUUGACAGGGCUUCCGUAACCAAGGCAGUCAACAAUCCACCGAGAUGUCCUCAGUCCGGUGCUGCGCCAGGACCUGCCGCAGUCAACUUCACACAGGACGUACUGGGUGAUGAGGACUGCCUCUUUCUCAACGUCUUUGCCCCGGUCAGGGCGAAGAAGCUGCCUGUUUUGGUAUGGAUUCAUGGUGGCGGCUAUGGGCUCGGGUCCGCUGCUAGCUUUGACUUCUCCCACAUGGCCCAGACCGUCAACAACGGCUUCGUCAGCGUUGUGAUCCAAUACCGCCUUGGAGCUUUUGGGUUUCUUUCGUCGGCAGAAUUAGUAGAGAACGGGGGAGUUCCCAACGCUGCUCUGCACGACCAGCGGUUUGCCUUGCAAUGGGUGCAGAAGUACAUUGAUCGGUUUGGCGGCGACCCAGACCAGGUCACAAUCUCGGGCGGGUCAGCAGGCGGUGGAUCAGUGAUGUUGCUUGCGAUGGCAAACAAUGGAACAGAGGGGAACUCGUUGUUCAGACGCGGAAUCGCGAGCAGUCCUUAUUUGCCUACUCAACCCAACUUCGACGAUGGCCUGCCAACAGAACACUACCGCCAACUCGCCCGUCGCACCAACUGCCUCAACGCCACCUCUGUCUUCUCCUGCCUCCGAAACGCUGACACGUUGCUCCUGCAAAACGCCUCCUCAGCGACAAGCUACUCUGCCCGGUUCAACCAGUGGGCUUUCAUCCCCGUGACCGAUAACAAGCUCAUCUUUUCCUCCCCCACAGAGCAGCUCCCUACAGGCAAAGUCAACGGGGAGGCCUUCCUCGCUGGUAGCAACUCAAACGAGGGCUACUACUUCACCCCCCAAAACAUUACCUCCCAAUCCACCUUUCUCUCCUUUGUCACCCUCAACUACCCUUUCCUGUCCCCCGAGAACAUCUCCUCCAUUCUCUCCCUCUACACCCCCUCCCCUCUCCCCGCCGACACUCCCCUCUUCGAAACCGACGGCCUCAACCCCCCUUUUGCGACUGAGAUGUCAGCAGUUGGGAAGGGCUGGCAGCAGGCAGCGAAUAAUUUGUAUGCAGAAACAACAUUUGUCUGCACGGCGUACUGGCUGGUGGAAGCGUACGGGGAGAAAGGGUGGCAGUAUCAGUUCUCCCCUCCAGGGGCAGGGUUUCACGGGAGUGACAACGGGCCUCUGCUGCAGGACUCAAAGAUUGGGAGGAGUGGGACGGUGAUGGAUGAGGAGUUUAGACGGGGGUUUCAGGGGGUUUGGGGACGGUUUGUGACUAGGGGGGUGCCGACGCUGGAUGGGCAAGGGGAGGGGGCGGUGGCGGAGGCGGUGAGGGAGGGGGUAUGGAAGGCGGGAGGAAGGGACUCGUUGUUGAAUCUGAACGUUACUGUUGCUGAGGGGGGGAGGGAAAGGGUGAAUACCUGGGCGGUGGUGGAUGGGGAGGGCUGGGAGGGGGGACGGGGGGGGAGGUGCAGGUUUUGGAAGGGGGUUGGGUUUCGUUGA